AUGGUAGCAAUAUCGACGGCUUCGCGGAAUAAGCCCGCGAAGCGGGUGAAGUCUGGAACAGAAACGACGAAGCAGCACCGAUUUGAGAGCUUCUCUCAGCGUGUGUCGAAGCUUAAGAUUGACCCCAUCCACCGUGUACGGCGACCCAGCUUUGGUGAAGAAGGAGAUGAGACGUCCUCCCACUUCCGUUCGGCGUUCGAGCACUGGGCUGAGUUGAACUUGUCUGAGAACUUUGUCGCAUUUUCUCGCCGAGUGAGCCCGCUAUGCGAAAGUCUGGCGCAAAUUGUUUACUAUGAAGAGAAGAUAUUCAACUUGCUGGUGGAAUACAUCGAUAAGCGCGACAGUAACUCAAUAGAGCCUCUACUGAGUCUGCUCUCCCAGUUCGCUCGAGACCUUGGCGUGCGAUUCGAGAGGUAUUUUGCGGCCUCUGUGACUCUGGUCGCUUCUGUCGCGGCCACUCAUCCCGAUGUCGAAGUGGUCGAAUGGUGCUUCACCUGUCUGGCGUGGACUUUCAAGUUCCUGUCCCGACUUCUGGUUCCCGAUCUGCGACAACUUUUAGGUAUCCUGACGCCGUACCUCGGAAAGGAACGACAGAAACCGUUUGUUGCUCGAUUUGCCGCAGAGUCCUUGUCAUUCUUGAUUCGCAAAGCCGGACUUGUCUACUAUAAGAACCCGGAACCUCUUCAACUGGCAGUAACAUUCUUGUUCGACGAUUUGCGGCAGGCCGUAACGGAAUCGAAGAAUGUGGAGCUAUAUAAGUCGGGUCUUAUGGCGAUGUUUUCCGACUCGAUUAAGGGUGUGAAGAACGGGUUGCACUCAAAUGGAACGGAUAUCUUUCAGUGCCUAUUGAAGUCGGUGUGCACUGAUGACGAUCUUCGGAGCACCCUCGCACUUGAUGUUGCGAGCGGUGUCUUGAUCAACAUCAUUCAUAGUACGACGCCUGAGUCGUUCGAACCCAUUAUCGAUAUCCUAACGUCCUAUGUCCAAUCCGAUGUCACGACUGGGAAUAGGAACUGCGCUGUCGCCUACACCCGGUUACUCUUUCUCUGUGUUACUACCCGCAAAGGAUCGCGUGUCAAGAGGUGGAAACCUGUGCUCGAAAGCUUGCUCCUUUUGCUCCGGGCCGCUGAGAAAGCAUUUGAUGUCUUUUCCGACGCCAUCCCGCAGCUACUCACCGCAGUCGCGUAUUCCCUCCAAAUAUCGCCAAUGGACGAGAUGCUGCCUUUCAUGCGUCCCCUCAUGGACGCCGUGACAGUUGACAGUCUCUCAGCCUACUUCCUAUCAUUCUGCUCUACCUUCUCCGAAUGGGGUGCAGAGCGAUUCCACAGCGUUGUUCUUCCGUAUUUUCAAAGAUUCGUAAACAACUCUUGGGAAGACCGCGAGUACGAACUCUGUUUAGCUCUACUUAGAUUAAGCGGGGCAGGUUGCGUUACAUCAGAAGCUUCGAAGCCUGGGUAUAUCGUCUGCCCAGCUUCCUGGAAGUCAAGGAUUCGAGAGACGCUGCGUAAACCUGAACAUACUAAUCACGGUGUGGCCCUGCUGAAUGCAUACACUAAGCUUCCCACAGCGUUGGCUUUGUCUGUGGAGCCUUCUCUUUUACCUGAUAUGGUUGAGGUUCUACAUGACAACUUGGUCUCCGCGCUGAACGAGGACAAUUCCAGCCUCACACCUAGGACUUCCUUCUUUGUUGGACAUGGGUUCAAGACUUACGUGGACCUUGGUUCAAACCUAGGAAAACUCGAUUCAGGCCUCUGGAACCGAGUAAUUACAGUUGCUGCAAAAUACUCGCGGCUGCAUGCCUUCCUCGAGGCUACAUUGGCUUACGUUUCUGCAUGCCCUGAUAACGUCGGCGUCGAUACGUCCGCAAUGGAAGCUUUUGUGAAUGCCUUGAUUGACAACCUUGCAGCGCCUUCUCAGCAGCUGCGACUUGUAUCGUUAAAAAUUCUACGCGAUCUGGUUAAAGCUCUGGGUGAAGAUGCUUCGCUCAUAUCUCUGGCCAUCGAGAUCGAGGAGAGUCCUCUCACAUUGCAGAGCGCAAGAGUUUUGUCGAUGCAAGUACGAAAGCUUGCCAUAUCGUAUCCUCAGAGUAUUUCGCGCAGGUGGUUGCCUAGACUUCUUCCGACAUUUUGCUUCGGUUUAUUCUCCAAGAGACUGGCUCCAUUGUGGGAUGACUCUGCAUCUGCCCUGAAGUCCAUGAGCGAGCACGCUGAAGGAGAGAAAGUCGUCACUGAACUGGCGACGAAGUGGCUUCAAGAAAAAGGGUCAACUGCCAGCGAGACAGAGGAGGACGAUGACGAAGACAACCAGGUAUCUGGUUAUUAUCAGUGCUUUAAUGCAGCCAAGGUCGAGAGUCUAUCUGCAAUGCAUUUCCGGUCUCUUGAGCCGGCGGUGGCCUUGACGCAGGACUUCGAAAAAGACCACGCUCUCCUAGAUCUGGCCCCGACUGCUCCGCGCACUCAAGCGCUUCGUGUAUUCAAUGCUAUUCCUAACCUAGCGGAGAAGCGCUCUCGCCAGAUUGUACCACUGUUCCUCUCAUGGGCUCUACGGGAUGAGGAAGAUGGCCAGUCGCCUCUGGAGGCAACAACUGAUGCCGAGAAUGGCCAGGAGUCGUACAUCCCUUGGGGCUUCCACGACCGUUUGUCAUUUCUCAAACUCCUGGGGCAGUUCGUUAAUCCAACUGUAUUGUACAGAGCAUCAGAGGUUCACGAUGCCCUUUUGGGUUUGCUUUGCCAUGGUAAUUCGGAAAUUCAGAAGUGUGCACUCAAGGCUUUGUUUACGUGGAAAACUGCGGGUAUUGUACCCUACCGCGAAAACCUAUUGAAUGUCCUGGACGAGUCGCGGUUUAACGACGAGCUUGCGGUGUUUGUUCGCGUCGGCAAAGAGGACAGUUUGAUAGAAGACAAGCAUAGAGACGAGGUUGUGCCUAUCAUUCUUCGACUUCUCUAUGGUCGGAUGAUCUCAAAAGCUAGUGCGAGCGCUGGACAGGCGGGCCAAACUGGACGGCGUAAAGCCAUCCUACGAACCCUAGCGCAACUUCCUGAUCAUGACUUCGACAUUUUCAUCAAAAUUGCUUUCGGCCCGCUGGGCAACGCUCACUUGGUCAAAAACGGUCAAGUUGACCAGCAAUUCUUCCUGCAGGAGCCACUCGGACUAAGGAGACAGAUGGGUCUUCUUAAAUUGAUUGAAACUGUUUUCGAAACACUUCAAACUCGUAUGACUCCGUACGCCGAACAAUCCAUGGAUGUUGUGCUGCACUGUCUUGUUCGAGCUUGCCGUGCCCUGGCCAAAGAGCAGCAGAGCGCAAGUGCAGAUUCCCAGGAGGGACGACUAAUAAAUGUCCUGCGAAACAUUCGGCAGACAGGUAUUCGUUGCCUUGACCUCAUCUUUUCUGUCUCGCAGAAUCGAGACUGGACAUCACACAUCCGUGUUAUCUUCACUGAGGUUGUCAAUCCCAGGCUGGAGAACUUUGCUACAGAAACAGCUCAAGGAGUUUCAGGCCUUCUUCGACUGUUCCACACCUGGGCUUCUGCUUCACGGUCUACAUUCUAUCUUUCACGAUUCAACGCUGUUCUGUUGACGAAGAUUGUUGAUUGUCUUGCCGUUGACUCCGCCCGUGAUGAGGUCAAGAUAUAUGUCAUGGACGAAAUCCUGACGCCUUUGAUUGAUAUUGCCUCAGGGAAAGAACUUGAAGAGAACGAGGAGAUGGGAGACUUUCCAGCUGGCGAGAUAUGUUCAGAAGUUUUGUCGCCUUAUAUCGAGCAUAUGCUCUCUCAUUUAGGGCGUCUUCUGAAACGCGGCCCAUCCAAACCGGUCUUGGUCUCUGGUGUCCAUACGCUCUCACGUCUCGCACCAUGUGUCGAAUCAUCGAAGCAAACAUCAAGCCUGAUCAGUAUAUUAACGUAUCUUCUCCGCCAGCCGUCAGACCGAGUCUCGCCCAAGACAAAGUCGGAUCUCCUUCACAGCUUGGAGCACUUCUUGCCACUCUACAACACAAAAGAAGAUGAAGCUCUAUCUCGGGAAGUGUUUGAGGCUGUCUGCUCCAUGUUUGAUUACUUCCGGGACGACAAGAAUCGCGAAGUUUUGUCAAAGGUCUUUACUGCCUUUGCCAACCACAUACCUGAGCUCUCUCAAGUCGCUUCUCUUUGCGAGGAUUUGAAUUCGAUAUCUGUGAAGAAACUCGGAGUGGACUACGAGCGCCGCCUGCAAGCCUUUAGAAUAAUCAACGAGGAUCUCUGGGAUUCAUUCGACGCUCAACAAUGGCGACCAGUACUGUACAACAUGCUGUUCCACGUCAAGGACGAAGAUGAGUUGGCUAUAAGGUCGAGCGCCUCUUUUGGUCUGAAACGCUUCAUCGAGCGAUCCGCUCGUGCAAGUGCUGACCAGACAGACUCAUUUGACCUCCUCGUCGAUGACAUUCUAUUCCCUGCGUUACAAAGCGGAAUGCGGCAAAAGUCUGAGCUGGUCCGAACCGAGUUGGUGCAAGUUCUUGGUCACUUGGUCAAACUGCACCCAACGCGUCCUGCUGUACAGGAUAUGCACGUGCUCCUUGCUGGUAACGACGAGGAGGCAUCUUUUUUCAACAAUCUUCUUCAUAUUCAGCAGCAUCGUCGUCUUAGAGCUCUUCGACGACUGGCCAGUGAAGCGGCUAACGGAAAUCUUCAGGCUUCGAAUAUCAGCACCAUCUUCAUACCCCUGAACGAACACUUCGUCUUCAAUGAGGCUGCUGAUGAGAACGCUCACAAUCUUAUUGCAGAGGCCGUGUUGACUAUUGGCGUGCUCGCGGAAUGGCUGGAAUGGAACCAGUUUAGGGCUAUCUUUAGGAGAUACCGAGGCUACAUGCAAAGUAAAUCCGAAUGGGAAAGGAGCGUUUUGAGGCUUCUAGGAAGAAUGUCCGAUGCUCUUACAAAUGCGAUGGGCCAACUAACUUCUCCCAACUCUCAGACCGAGGAUGGCGAGGAUGCCAUGGAUGUCUCAUCUCCCAGCAAGUCCACCCUUGCUCAAUCAAUACCAUCAGCAUCUAAGGUUGCAAACGAGCUUACUACAGGAUUCAUUCCUGUGUUGACGGACUUCAUUCACCACAAGGAUGAGGCUCAAAUGAGUUUGCGUCUUCCUGCGGCUGUUACAACCAUUAAGCUCAUGAAGCUACUGCCUGAAGCUGAUAUGGCAAUUCGUCUUCCGGCGGUUCUUCUUGAUGUUUGCAGUAUCCUGAAGAGUAAAGCUCAGGAUUCCCGGGACACAGCUCGGAAAACACUGAACGACAUCGCUCUUUUGCUUGGACCUAACUACAUGGGCUAUAUCCUCAAGGAGUUGCGGCAUACUCUUAAGCGAGGCUACCAACUUCACGUGCUCUCCUUUACUGUUCAUUCUAUUCUCGUUGCAACAACAGACGAUUUCAAGCAGGGUGACCUAGACUACUGCUUAGCGGAUCUCGCCUCGGUGGUUAUGGAUGACACUUUUGGUACUGUUGGUCAGGAGAAAGAAGCCGAAGACUACGUCAGUAAGAUGAAGGAAGUAAAGAGUAACAAGAGUUACGAUUCGAUGGAACUCCUCGCCAAAAAUUCAACCAUCCAGAAUCUUGCCAGCUUGGUGCGGCCAUUGCAGUCGCUUUUGCGGGAAAAGCUCACCUCGAAUAUUGUGCGGAAGGCCGACGAACUACUGCGAAGGAUCGGAAUUGGUCUCUUGAGAAACCCUGGAGUCGAAAGCCGUGACAUUCUCAUCUUUUGUUACGAGGUCAUCAAAGAGGCAUAUAAGGAGCCGGUCCAGCUUGGCGCUCAGGUUGCCAAAUCUGCUCAGGAGGAGAACUUCCUGAUCAACAUGAAAGGCCAACGCCGGAACGAAAAGCGAGGAAGUACGUCCUCAUACGUCUACAAACUAGUCCGCUUCUCCUUCGAUGUCCUUCGCUCUGUCCUCAGCAAGUAUAACUCGAUCAUGACUCCUGCUAAUAUCGCCGGCUAUCUUCCCAUGGUUGGAGACGCGCUGGUUCAGGGACAUGAAGAAGUGAAGAUUGCCGCUCUCCGCUUCCUUUCUACGAUUAUUAAGCUCCCUCUACCAGAAAUCGAUACCAAUGCCACUGUCUAUCUUACGGAAGCUGUAAAGCUUAUCAAGGAGGCACCCAGCACCAACACUGAAGGCGCACAGGCGGCCCUGAAAUUAAUCUCCGCCAUGCUUCGAGAGCGGAAGGAUGUUAAACUCAGAGAUGGACAUCUCGCUUACCUGCUUCAGCGACUCACGGCUGAUAUCGAGGAGCCAGACCGCCAGGGUGUCACUUUCAACUUCAUUAGGGCGGUCAUGGCUCGCAAGUUUGUGGUGCCUGAGCUUUACGAGCUCAUUGACAACGUUGCCAUGAUAAUGGUCACGAAUCAAACUCGGUCCGCGCGUGAUCUUGCCCGUGGUGUGUACAUCCAUUUUCUCAUUGAGUAUCCGCAGGCCAAAAACAGGUGGACGAAACAACUCGCUUUCUUGGCUAAAAAUCUUGAGUACAAACAUCAAGACGGUCGUCAAUCCGUUAUGGAGGCGAUUCACAUGCUGCUCUCUAAAACAGGGCAAGAGUUGGCCCAGGACAUCGUUGGUACAUUCUUCCUUCCGAUUGUCAUUGUCAUGGCGAACGACGAUGCGGCUGAGUGCAGGGAGAUGGCUGGUGCGUUACUCGGUGAAUUCUACAGGAGGGCGGACCGAGAGACGAUGAAAACUAUCCUUGAGCCACUUCGGUCCUGGAUUGAGCAGAUAGAGAAUCCUCCGCUCGCGAGCACUGGAUUACAAGCUAUGAGAAUCUACUUCGAGGUGGAGGAGACCGACAAGGAUAAGGAGGCAGGCUUUGUUGCUCAGACCCUUCCAACGAUCAUACAGCCCAUUAUCAGAGAUACAGAGACGACCAACUGGCAAACUCUGUAUUUUUCGCUGCAGCUCUUCUCCAAGCUAUCCAAGGCUGUCCCUUCAGUUGCGCUAUCUAAGGACCGUAUCAAGGCCUGGAACCUCAUUUGCGAGUGUCUAUUCUACCCUCACGCUUGGGUUAAGACUUGCGCAGCCAACCUUGUCGGAAUCUGGCUCGCAGACUUGGCCAAGACAAACGCAGCCAUUGGAUACAGCUCGUUACCUUUGGUCGGAGCUACUGGGUUGGCUAUGAACAAGGAUACAAUGCUCCUUUUAUUGCGUGCUAGUCUUCGUGCCCUCCGCACCCCAGGCAUCAGCGAAGAACUCGCCAUGCAAACAGUCCGCAACACCAUGUUCCUCGGCCGCUGCUGCGCCCAAAAUGGCCUUGAACUGGACGAUACCGAAGACAAAACAGAAGGCGACUCCGAUGAAAGUGACAGUGACGAUGACGAAGGCGAUGCCGCCAACGGCGAGACCCAGAGCGGCCGCAGCCGAAAGAAACAUGCUGUGCGCUUCAUCUUCGAGCAGGCCUCCUCCAUCCUCCGUCGCGAGUUCGUUACAACCAAGGCUCCUUCUUUGGUUCCCAAGACUGCCGCUAUAGGUCUUAUUGCCGCUCUGUGCCGUCACCUUGAAGCAGAGCAGGUGCUUGAUUCCCUACCUGUCAUCCUGCUUCCCCUGCAGCAUCUGACUGACUCAUCUAUCCCGGCACCGCGCUCAUCAGACGAGUCUUUCCGGGAGUCAUAUAAAGCUCUUGUUUCGAACUGCCAUGAAGUUUUGGACCUUCUGCAGAAGAAGCUCGGUACCACUGAGUAUAUCAACCAGAUGUCAACUAUUCAAGAGGAAAUCAGGAAGAGGCGUGAGGGUCGGCGCGUCAAGAGGCGCAUUGAGGCUGUUGCAGACCCUGAAAAGUAUGGGCGUGAUAAGAAGAGAAGGAAUGAUCGCAAGCGUGAAAAGAGGAAAGAGAAGAGUGCAGAGCAUCGGGGUAAGAGGCGUGGUUGGUAA